CGUUGUCCUUUAUACUUGCUAGGCUUAUCAUUCAUGCAUAAGGUUCAUCCAGGCUGUGAAUCUGAUGAUCACAAGACCGUAUCUGUUAUCGACACUGUGUCUAGCUGUAAGCAAACCUACGAGAAACUCCCGCGAGGGCACCCUCUGAGAGAACGCCGUUAUAGGAAGGACGUGGUUUACUCUUUUCCCAUGUCAGCUACUUCGAGCCUCUCGUCCGGAGCGAGCAUUUCAGCCGUCUUACCGACAGUCCUCGCUUUGGUCGGCGCUGGUCCAAUUGAACUCGUCGAAACAUUCAUCUCCUCGCCACUCCGCGCAGUUGCCAUGUGCGUUUUUGGGAUUGGCCUUCCCUCAGGUCUGUUCCGACAGCUCUCUCCCAAGCCAAUCCAGCGCGUCUCUUCAUCACAUGCAAUCACAUGGAAUAUACGCGUUCGACAAUAUACCUCUCUACGAGGUGUCCUAGGUCGUAUUUUUGCAGACCUAGCGAUCCUGACACUCGCAGGUAUUACGCUAUGGCGGACCUGGCUUGUGGACUCAAUAACGAUGGUGACGUUCCGAUGCGAGUAUUCGUGGUUACUCUUUUGCUGGCCAAUGGCGUGUGUGGGCUGGCUAGUGAUCGUCAUGCUAGGCUGGAUUGUCGUCGCAAAAGAUGUUUCGAUGACGUUCCAAGAGGAAAAGAUUUCUUGGAGGGAAGCUUUGCUUCUGCCUUACAAAUUUUGGCCUGAGCAGCGUCGCGACGAAACUACUGCGGAUAACCUUUUGUCGCUGAAUUUGCUGCCAGUGGGAACAGAGGAGAUGUUGGAUAUGAACAAAGGGAGGACCAGCGUCCAACACCGUGCUCGGCCAGACGCCAAUAGUUCAGCAUCAACCGCCCCGCAUUUGCCCUCAGUUAAAGUCACAUUCACCGUGCGCUGGGACGGACUAUGGCCGUGGUAUGAAGCUGCUCUGGAGGCCCUUGCAGUGGAGAUCUAUUUAUAUGGAACCAUAGUCCUAGGGAGCACCUUGUUUCUGACGGGCGAACAGAGUAUCAUAUAUUUGGUGAUCACCGCGCUUAGCCUGGCAGCGAGUAGGAUUAUUAAUGCUCUGCUAUAAUUACGAUGCUCUCUUAUGUAUUAGACGGGCCCAAUUAUUUUUAGCAGUUCUGUGUUAAAAGUAAGUGCGCAACCGCAGGCUGUCCUUGGGGUCCUCUCAAAUGUAGAGGAAGCUGUCCAUUUAACAUUACAGCCACUUACAGCCUAUUGAUAGCGCAUGGGCACUUGCUGUACUGU